GCGAAGGAGAGGGGACAUGAGAUUUCGAUUUCAUUAGAGAGAGAGAGAGAGAGACAUACAACGUCCAAAGCAAAGCAAAAGAGGAGAAACAAACAAAAGCAAAAGAAAAUAAACUAGAGAGAGAGAGAGUUUUGUGGAAUCCAAUCAACCAAUACGCCGCUCCUCCUCUUCACUCUCCAAGCAAGCAGAGCACAAGAAAGAAAGCAGAGUGAGUGUACAAGCGCAAGAACGCGCUUUGCUCAUUAACACACCACACUCCCCGAGGAUGGAAGACAAGCGUCUUCUUCGUCUUCCUCGCUUGUUCUCUGCCUGCCCCUGCCUAGCUUAAUGUGGAACUAACUAGGAGUAUUAAUUAAUUCCUUCCACUAAUUACCAAGCGGCAAUCGGCGGCCACGGCCAGUGAGGUCACCGUCCGCUCCGACGACGACAAGCUGCCACUGCUCACUGCUCUCUCGAGUCUGGAAGCAGGCGUUGCUCGGCUUCUCUCACUAUGAAGGGCCACCAUUCCUUGCCGCCGUCGACGCCGCCCAAGCGCCGCUGCACUGCCCUGGCCGCCGCCGUCCCGGCGCUCGUCGUCUGCUCCAUCCUCCUGCCCCUCGUCUUCCUCCUCGGUCUCCACCGCCCCGCAGGGCAUGGAUCGGAGGAGCGCGCCGCGGUUGUCAUCAGCACUGAAUUAGGGUUUAGCAAGCACAAGCAUCUGGAUGGGAGAAUGAAGCACAAGCUACUCAAGGAUGUUUCUAGAAAGAAAAUUCCUGGAUCUGAUGGGAUUUUGGAUGAGAAAUCUGGUAGUAGAUCAAAGUCCAAGAGUGUUUCUACCAAAUCAAAAGAAAAGCUCAAGGGUGUUUUCUCUUUAGUUCAGCUAAAAAAUGAGACCAGAAAAAACAAAGUAUCCAAUGUUAUUUCAGAACUUCAUACACAAAGAAGAUACCAGUUAAAGGACUUAUCCUGGAGAUCAAAGGAUACUACUAUUGAUAAGAAAGAGAACCAAGACCAAGAAGUCGAGCAUGAGAACCCCAGAUCCUGUGAACUUGAAUAUGGUAGCUACUGCCUCUGGUCUGUUGAGUAUAAGGAAGUGAUGAAAGAUUUUAUUGUGAAGAGGCUUAAGGAUCAACUUUUCAUGGCAAGAGCUCACUAUCCUAGUAUUGCAAAGCUGAAGAACCAGGAAACAUUUACACGUGAACUGAAACAAAACAUCCAAGAGCAUGAACGCAUGCUCAGUGACACCAUUGCAGAUGCUGAUCUUCCACCAUUUUUUGCAAAGAAGCUAGAGAAAAUGGAGCGCACAAUUGAAAGAGCCAAGUCUUGUGAAGUCGGCUGCACAAGUGUUGAACGGAAACUUAGGCAGCUACUUGAUAUAACUGAAGAUGAAGCUUAUUUCCAUACAAGGCAGAGUGCAUUUCUCUAUCAUCUUGGGGUACAAACUAUGCCAAAAACUCACCAUUGCUUGAACAUGAGAUUGACAGUAGAAUAUUUCAAAUCAACGUCUAUUCAUACGGUCCAGUCAAACAAGCAGAAACUUGAAGACCCCACCUUCCAUCACUAUGUGAUAUUCUCCAAGAAUGUGCUUGCAGUUUCGACUACAAUUAAUUCAACGGUUAUGAACUCCAAGGAUUCUGGUAGCAUUGUUUUCCAUUUGUUCACCGAUUCACAAAAUUUUUAUGCGAUGAAGCAUUGGUUUGACAGAAAUAUGUAUUUGGAAGCAACUGUACAUGUAACUGACAUUGAGGAUCACCAGAAGCUCUCUAAGGAUGUUGAUUUUCAUGAUAUGAAACUGUUACGACCUGCUGAGGAAUUCCGUGUCACGUUCCGUAAUCAUUAUCAAUCUUUCCAGAAGCAAAUGAAAACUGAGUACAUUUCUACUUUUGGCCAUUCACAUUUCCUCCUGCCUGACCUUCUUCCUAGCUUGAAUAGAGUUGUAGUUCUAGAUGAUGAUUUGAUUGUCCAGAAAGACUUGUCAUCUCUGUGGAACCUCAAUAUGGGAGGUAAAGUGGUGGGAGCUAUUCAGUUCUGUGAAGUUAAAUUAGGACAAUUGAAGGCUUACACCGAGGAACGUAAUUUUGGCACCAAUUCAUGUGUGUGGUUAUCUGGUCUGAAUGUUGUUGAACUGAAAAAAUGGAGGGAUCUCCACAUUACCAGUCGGUAUGAUCAAUUGCUUCAAAAGUUGCAAAAGGACAGUGUGACAUCAUUUCCACUUAAAGUACUUCCCAUAAGCUUACUUGUCUUUCAAGAUUUGAUAUAUCCUUUGGAAGAUUCAUGGGUCCAAUCAGGUCUUGGACAUGAUUAUGGAGUUAGUCAAACCGAUAUAAAAAGGUCUGUUACUCUACACUACAAUGGUGUCAUGAAACCUUGGCUUGAUUUGGGCAUACAUGAUUACAAGGGCUACUGGAGGAAAUAUAUGACCAACGGGGAAAGGUUUAUGACAGAAUGCAAUAUACAUUAAUAACAGACUAACAGUGACAUGAGAUUCACUACAUUCUACAUUUCUGGGAUUUUGGAGCAACAGAACUUUCGGGAACAAAGAGGGUUAGAGUGAGAUGAAAUCUGAUGCAGCAUUAUAAUGAAUUGAGUAUAGUAAGGGUGGCAUGGUGGCACUACAUUAAUUCCAAAAUGGAGAUAGGAUGAAAUGUUUUUGUGCCAGAUUUUAAGCAAUACUUCAUAGUAGCUAAAGAUGGUAGCAGGCCACCAGCAUGAUACCUUUGAAGUAGAUCCCUGGUUAACAAUGGUGUAUGUUGAUUCCUUCACCUGUUACACGAUUUGGAUGGAUCUUCUUCACAUUUACCACUUUGGGAUUGCAAAAGAGCAGUUCCCUGGUGGUUAUUUUUUCGUAUAAAUUCUUUCAUGUGUAUCUUUGCUCGUUGUAUAAGAGCUAUACUGUAUAACUUGAGUGUUCACUAGCAUGGCAUGUACAGAUGUAGAAUGCCUCAACCCGCAAGUAUUGGGUGAUUCUUUCUUUCUUCUUCAAGGCCUAUGUACCAUGUCACACCAAUGUCUAAGUUUUGAGAUCUUUGCAUUUUGUACAUCGGAAGGAUUCUUGUAUCAUCAGUUUGAUAAAAGAUAGUACAUAGAGCUAAAACAGCUUCAACGUCCAA